AUGGUUUUGGGUGCCCUGCUCUUCCUGGCAGUAGUCACUCUGGUGCAUCGUCCUCUGAUGGUCAGUGACUACACGGACCUGGCCACACUCCACCGACUUCAGGAGCACGAGAAAUUGCUGGAAAAAGAAAUGGGGCAUCUGCAGGAAGAAUUUGACCAGGAAGACUGGAACUGGGCUUCCAGAGCAUGCCGGGAGGACUGGGUCCCCACUGACCUGACACCGGAAGAUGUAACGUGGGACGGGUGGCCCUACGUGGGGGUGGUCAUUCUUCUCCUCUUCGGGUGCUGCAGACACUCCAUGGAGAAGGAGCCCAGUGACGACUCCAGUGUGGACAGCUCCAGCACAUGCAGCAGCGAAGACUUCGACGACACAGAGAAUGAGCUCGACGCCGACGAACCCAAGCAACGAAGGCUGCAGGCCUUCUACGACCACUACAUUAAGGCAGACAUGAGUGACCUGGCCGCCAUGUGCAGUUUUGUUGAGUGCUUUGUCAACGACCUGCUGGAGGCAUGUCGGAAUGCCCUUCCGUCGCCAAACACCCUUCUUUUGCUGGAGAACUGCAUCGGGGUCAACAGUGCCUUCGAGGGAUGGCACGCGAUGAAGGAGUGCCACCCGUUCAGCGUCCUCGUGCCGGUUCUGCCGCCCAAGGGGCACUCCCUCCACAUCAAGACAAGUGACUCCGAGGGUGCGCCAAGAAAACAUGGGCACGUUAAGGUCGACCUGGAGUGCGUGUGCAAACGGGAGAGGCUCCUGGGGGAUGUAACCUGCUUUCUGCACCACCCAGAACACACAUGGAGCAAAGACGAGGAGGGAAACUUGCUUCUGCACGCCUUGUGCUCCAGUUCGCACUUGGACGUGGAAAAAACGGUUCGUUGGUUCCAGAAUCUUGUGGGCAAGGCCUGGAAGAGCAUCCAGCAGAAGUACAACCUCAAGGUCUUGCCCCAGCCCUCCAGCACCACAUGCCGGCUGGAACUGGCGUUUCGGUCGGGAAGGUCAAUCCAGCUGGACAUCAUCCUUGGGGUGCAGCAAGGAGACUCACUGGUCUUCCUGGCCACUCACGAUGCGGAGAGAGGGAAUUCACCGGGCGGCGGGUGGCAGAGGACCUUUGCCAUCCAGGAGCUGCUGUUUUUCAAAUGGGUGAGCCAGCAGGCUCCCAAGGAGUGCUGCCACCUGAAAUGCCUCCAGCUCCUCCUCUUUUUCAAGGAGUCCAGCCCAUCGGAUCAGAACGUGGUGCUCACCAGCUAUCACUACAAAACAUGCUUGAUGCACCUCUUGCUCCUCCAGCCCCUGUCCGACUGGAAGCUGGCGAACAUAGUGCGGAGGCUUCAGGACCUCCUCCUCUUCAUGCAGGCUGCCCUGCGCGAGAAGCACCUCGAGCACUUCCUGGUCGGGAACCUCUCCUUGCCGGUCCAAAUUCCUAUGCCCAAGGCACUCCGAAGUGCAGACCCCCUCAAUCUUUUUGAGCACUUGGCACAGGACUCCUGUCUCCAUGCCAAGGCAGUGGAGGAAUUUGUGGAGGUUGUCGAACAAGUGAGAGCUUUGCUGUCAGACCUGGAAGAGUAGC